AUGGCCCCAGCCAGAGCAAGAUUCUGCCCCCUGGUGCUGCUCCUGCUGCUGGGCCUGUGGGUGGCCGAGGUCCCCGUCAGCGCCAAGCCCAAACACAUGACCUCAGCUCAGUGGUUUGAAGUUCAGCACGUGCAGCCCAGCCCUCAGGCAUGCAAAGGGGCGAUGGGCAACAUCAACAAGCACACAAAUCACUGCAAAGCCCUCAACACCUUCCUGCACGAAUCCUUCUCCAGUGUGGCCGCCACCUGCCAGAACCCCACCAUAGCCUGCAAGAACGGCCAGAAAAACUGCCACCAGAGCAAGGGGCCUGUGUCCCUGACCAACUGUAAGCUCACCUCGGGGAAGUACCCAAACUGCAAUUACAAGGAGACCGCACAGCAAGCUUCUUACAUCAUAGCCUGUAACCCUCCCCAGAAAGGGGACACGGAGAAAGUCAACCUGGUUCCUGUGCACUUGGACAAAGUCGUUUAGCUUUCCAGCCUUUCUCACCCUGGGUUUCCUUUCCUCUCCAGGCCUCUGUGCUGCUCCUCCUAUGCCCCGAAGGUUCUCUUCCUUUCGUUUCUUGGGGCCUUUCCUAGCUCAGGCUUUUCUGAGGGGCAGCUUGGUGGGCUUUAAACUCCAGAAGAGACGGUCUUUUAUCUUUUUGUUGCUGUUUUCCCAGAAACUUAUCCCAAGAGAGGAGCUGAGCAAGCUGAGGGGUGGGGGUUCCCUGGCCUGGGCCUGUGCAUUUCUCUGCCCCGUCUAUCAUGGCAGCAUGACAAGAGAAGGAAAUGGACACAACAGGGGCGGGGGGAUUUAUGGACAGAGCUGUUCCGGUUCCUAAUAGAAGUCUUCCCCAGCUCUGCCGUGGCAGUGAGGUGGCCUCUGGGCAGACAAAUGUCAUAGUAUUUCAUGUUCUUCAUGGAGCAGCCACACAAGUCCCUUGUGACAUAAACUUGAUGAUUUGCUUUAUUUAGGGAUCAGGAAAUUGAGAUUUCAGAAAGCUUGGUUAAUUAAAGAGUUUGUGAAGUUGGUUAGUAGCAGCACCUGGACUUGAACCUAAGCCUCCUCCUCUACGUACAGUGCACUUUCUACUUUACCACUGGGCACAAGAAGGAGGCCUCGGCAGCGACAAGAGAACUAGGUAAGAGUUCACCCAUGAAGAAAUGUCUCCUGAGAGCUCUGGAGAGCCAAUUACUCUGUGUUGACCGCAAUAAAGGUCAUUACCUCUCUAGCCAAGAGACUGUUUGUGAGGUAGUCCAGGGAUCUUCACUCAUUCUUUCUGCCUCUCUAAUUGUCCUGCCCCUUCUCCAGCCCAUUGCUUUUCCAGCCUGGUUCCUGGGCUGUCUCUGGCUAGACCCCCUCUUCCUGAAGGGGUAAGGUGAGGGAGUACCCCAGCUUCACCCCCCUGCUCUGGGUCACAUUUCCCUUGACCUCAAGGGACUUCCGUGGCCCAGAGCCUACUUGUCACAAACAGGGUGGUGGGAGCUGCCAGAGCUUCCUUCCUCCUGAUAAUCAUCUCUCCUGCCUCGGUGCUUCCCUGGCUCUCCACUCUGGCAGUCAGCCCAGGCCGUUGAGGUUGAGAUAUGGAAAUGCCACCUCCCUGUCCCCCUGGGCUGCAGACAUCAUUUCUCCCUCCCGGUGAGCAGAGCUGGAGAAGCUAGGGCUUUAUGUUGCCUGGUCCUGAUCGUCUCUCCCACAUUGCCUGCAGCCCCUUCUCUCUCCCUUUAUCUCAAGGCCAGACCCAUGGCACCAUGCCUUUACCUGCCCUGCCCACCCUGCUUCAGCACCCAGCUGAGUGUUAGACCUUCCCUCCCCAGCUGGGGGUCUACUCUCUACCUAAUCCUCCUAACAAGUAUAGUGCUCCUUCACCUCUUACCAGAGUUAGAGGAAGCUUUGGAGUCAGAUGGAACUGGGUGUAAAUCUGGGUUCAGCCAUUGAUGGCUACAUGACCUCGAGCCAACUCAACCCUCUCUGCAGCUGUGUUUCCACAUAGCAAAAUGGGAGUAAUACCACCUACCGAAUAGGAUUGCAGCGAGAUUUAAAAAUGACACAGGAGUCAGCUAGAAGACAAGUCUGCAGGCAGAGUGCUGUUAGAUGGGCUGGGUGGUUUGAGACCAUGAGGAGAGAAGGUAGGGAAGAGAUGGUCAAGAGAAAGGAGAAAAGACUAUUGAACAACUCAAGCAGGAUAUGGGGCCAAUAAGUUAAGUCUUGAAAGUAGAAAUGCACUAAAUACACCACAGAUGGUUGAAUGACAUAUACAUUGUGGUCAAAUGGCUAAGUGUAAAAUCUAUACAUCCUAUAGUCACUGUACUAUACAUUUAUCAUUUUAAGUAGAUUUUCAACUGAGGUAAGGAUAUUUGGGGGUAGCUGAUUUUUCGUUUCACUUUCUUCUUUUUUCACAACUCUUCAUAUAUUCUUUAUUGAUGAUAUUCCAUAUGGAUAUUAUGGUUUUGAAGACAUUGUCAUCACAAAAUUUUUAAUUUGUUAAAAUUAUCCCUUUAAGGCUCAAAUAAGAAAAAUUUCCAAAUAGGACUUUUUUUAAAAGACCCCUGACCCAAACAGUAUUAAAUAACUAAAAAUUAAACAUAAUUAAAAAGUAAUCUGUGGCGACAGAGGUAAAAAUCAUGUUGGGGAGUACUGUCUGGGAAAGAGUAAAAGGUAAGCUGGACUUGGUUCUUCCUUAGUCUAGAUAUGUUUACUUUGUGAAAACUCAUUGAGCUGUACUCGUAAUGUGUACUCACUGUAUGUAAAUUAUACCUCAAUAAAAAAA